CUUGGGGUUGGUUAAUUGUUUAAUACGCCCUAUAAUGGCAAUGCGUUUAUCUUUCUCAUUACUUCCUUUGCAAAACGAAUAAAUAACGUACAGUUGCUUACAGAUCACUUUCAUUAAUUUCAAGAUUUGUAAAGCUUCGUUAAAACUCUUUUAUCUUCUUUGUUUAAAAGAAAACCUAACUGUAAACUUUUGAAUUAUUAUAUUCACGAUCUAUAACAGUAUUCGAUUCCUGGAAAAGUAUCCUGUAAAUUUAAUUUGUGCAUACUUUUUUUUGUCAAAGUGAAACAAACAUUGGAAUAAAACACCUGAGAGAAAUCCGGUGUGAAAUCCACAACCCAAUCCCGUAACGGGCACCUGUAUUGGAUGAUGUCAUUAGCAACGAAGACCUACACACGUUUACUUAACUAGCUUCACAUCACCGAUAUAAUAACCAGGGGAAAUCCAGUUAACACACAGAAUACAAAAGAGAUACGGGUAGCAAUGCUUAUCAACCUGGCAAUUUUACACGUAGUGGCCUUAAUUAUUAAAGGUGUAUACGCCGUCCCAAUUAGCAAUAUUAACAGCCAAAAAGAUGGGCAAUUACGAAUGUACGAACUAUUAGAUGAAUAUUUUCGGGACAAAGACACAAAUGAAGAUCACAGACAGAACAAAUACCCAUCUCAUUUAAGUGAACUUGGAACUCAAAAGAGAGGCAAAUAUUCUUGGUCAGUAGCUUAUGGAAAACGUGACCGUUGGAUCGCCUAUGGGAAAAGGAAUUCACGUCAUAGUGGAAUAGCCAUGCCAUCGUUUGGACCUUCAUUGGACUCAUCGCAGGAUCUACCAGUGUAUGACCACAAUGCAGUAAAACGACACCAGAUGUGGGAGGCUCGAUGGGGGAAGAAACGAACAACCGUAUCUGCAAAUCCAACAACAAAGGCCAUGGAAAACUUCGAGCAACAACAGUCUUAUGAAGGAUAUUUCACUAAAAAUCCAACUUUCAAACGCCAACAGUGGACCAAAUCCCCUUGGGGAAAACGUUCAUAUUAAAGGAACAAAAUUCAAAUAUAUUGCAUCAAACUUUGAUUUAUUGUAUCAAUAUGGAAGUGAAACAACUAAACCAGUAACGCUUUUUCAGUGUAAAUAUCAUAUAAUGAGAACAUCGAAAGAUCCUUUAUUGAAAGGUUCAGUGGCCCACAGAAAAGUUUGAUCGUUUCUUAUUGUUUCCUUAGUUUCGUUUGUUAACCUUUGACAAAU